UGGCGCAUAGAAUCUUCCAUACUACGGAGGCCAUUUAAACAAAAAGAAGGAGAGGUCCUUUUUCUCGUGCAGAGCGUCACAUAUUUUGUAUAUUAUUAUUUUUCAGUAAAAAUUUAUUAUAUAAAAAAAGAGGAGUUAAAAUUGUAAUAAUGGCAUUAACAAGAAAAGCGAGUCAUUCUGGAAGUUGGUAUACCGAAAAUGGUGCUGAAUUAAAUAGACAAUUAGAAGGUUGGCUUAAUGCAGCCGAUUUAUCUCAUGGACCUGCCAGAGCAAUAAUUGCACCUCAUGCGGGUUAUGGAUACUGUGGAAGCUGUGCUGGAUUUGCGUAUCGUCAAAUUAGUCCAGCAGUUGUUCGAAAGAUAUUCAUUCUUGGGCCUUCACAUCAUGUAAAAAUAUCAGGAUGUGGUCUUUCUCCAGCUUCUACUUAUCAGACACCUUUGUACGAUUUGCGUAUUGAUCAAAAUGUUUAUAAGGAAUUGUCAGAAACGGGUCAUUUUGAAUGGGUGGAUAUUAAUACUGAUGAAGAUGAACAUAGUAUUGAAAUGACUUUACCGUAUAUUGCCAAAGUUAUGGAAAACUUUAAGGACUCGUUUACUAUAAUUCCAAUUUUAGUUGGAUCUUUAAGUCCUGACAAAGAAGCCAUGUAUGGCAAAAUAUUGGCACCAUAUAUGGUAGAUCCACAAAAUUUAUUUGUCAUAUCUUCUGAUUUUUGUCACUGGGGACAAAGAUUUCAUUAUACUUAUUAUGAUCAAGCGUGCGGUGCAAUUCAUAAAUCAAUUCGUAAUCUUGAUAAGAUGGGCAUGGAUCUAGUUGAGAGCCUAAACCCAGCAGCUUUCACUGAGUAUCUUAAAAGUUACGGUAACACUAUUUGUGGCAGACAUCCAAUUGGUGUUUUGCUGCAGGCAAUACAAUGCGUACAAAGUCGUUCAAAUGGUCAAAGGAUGAAUUUGAAAUUUUUAAAGUAUGCUCAAAGUAGUGAAUGUAAUUAUAUGCACGACAGUUCUGUUAGUUACGCGAGUGCAUCAUUGGUUGUUGAGUGAUAAAAGAUUUUUUUCUUUUCACACAUUUCGUUCUGAGUAUAGAAUACUCAAAAACUUUAGUUGCAAGAAAUUUUGACUAACACACAAAACUAUUUACCGUUUUUGAAAUACUUGCAAAAAAAAGCAUAUACAGAUAAUAAUUUUUGCAAGAGACUCUUAAUUUUAGAUAAAUCACAAAUAAUGGCUUAUUACUUAAGCGAAAUAAUAAUUAGAAGACAAAAAAAAAAAAAAAAAAGAUAUUCGACGUAAAGUAAAUGUUAACGUGCAAAAUUAAUAUUGAGGCUGUAAUAAAUUAUUAUUAUUAUAGUUUAUAUUUCACGGCCUCGAGAAAAAUUAUAUAUCUAUAUAUAUAUAUAAAAAAAAAAUUGUAUACAAGAAAAAUUAUCAAAAUUUGUAUUUUGUUCAAUGUUGUGAGAGAUUUAACGAGACUGUUUUUCUUUUUAUUAAGAAGCAUUUUGUGAAAGAAAAAAAAAACAUUUAUUUCUGCUAAAAUGAUCAAUUUAGCAAUAAGUAUAGUUAGUAAAUCGAUUUAUUUUGCAGUUCAUUUUCAAUAUUGAAACGUAAUUUUCAUGAUUUAAUUUUUAAAACUGUUAUCAGUUUUUGUCUCAUUAAUAUAAAUUAAAUAUUUAAAUUUAAUUGAAUGAAAAUUUUGGUUGAAUUUUUAAAAAGAAAUUGUGUAAUUCGAUGUGAUAAUGAAACAAAUUUAAUUCAAUUCCAAUGUGCGAAUUGUUAUCUAGGAAAAUAAACAAACAUUGUAAAAAAAAAAUAAAUCGUUAUAAAAAUUUAGGUAUUUUUACAAAUACCAUAUAUAUAUAUAUAUACUUACUGAAUUAUACUUAAAAAAAAUUU